AUGAGAAGAAAUACAUUAAAAAACUAUGGAUUUAUUAAACCAAAAAGUAGAUUUAAUUUACUUCUUCUCGAACCUGGAGAACAAUACUUAAAUGACUGUGCAUGUACGUAUAUUGAUAAUAAUAGACAACGAGAAAUAAUAGGAACAUUAAAAAUAUGUUCAUUUUCAGUAUUUUUUGCAUCAAAUGAACAAUCAUUUCCAAUAAGAAGAAUUAAAUAUAAAGAUAUAAGUAAUAUUGAUAGAAUGAAUAAUAAAGAUAUAAUUAUUAUUAGGUCAAAUAAAUAUACAGAUAUGAAAGAAGAUAAUAUAUUAAAACCAUAUACAUUAAAUGAAGAAGAAAAAGAACAUAAAAUAGAAUUAAAAUAUGUAAAUUUUGAAGAAAUAUAUCAAUUAAUAAAUAGAAUGUAUAAAUUAAUUUUAAAUGGAGAUAAAGAAGAUAUAUAUGAAUAUAGUAAAGAAUAUAUUCAUUCAAGACUUAAUACAUUACAACCAAAUAUGAGUAUGUUUAAAAGAGUUGAUGAAAAAAUAUUAGAAAAUUGUUUUGCAACACAAAUAUUACCAUUAAUGGAAAUAGCAGGAAGAUUCAUAUUAACACAAUAUUCAUUUUAUUUUAUUCCAUAUGUUGAAGAAUCUAUUGUAACUAAAAGUGGAGUAUUAAGUGAAGUAGUUUAUUUAUUUAGAAGAAGAUAUAUUAUGCAACAUAAUGGAUUAGAAUUUUUCUUUCAAAAAUCAUCAACGUUUAUUGUUUUUGAAACAAAAGAAGAACGUAAUAAAAUAGAAGAAAUAAUUUAUAAAUCUACAAAAAUUAAAAUUAAAAGUGAUGAUGGUUCUCAAUUUAAUGAAAUUAUAAACAAAUGGAAAAAAAGAGAAAUAACAAAUUAUGAAUAUUUAAUUUAUCUAAAUUUUAUUGCUGGAAGAAGUUAUAAUGAUCUUACACAAUAUCCAAUAUUUCCUUGGGUAUUAUCAAAUUAUUCUUCUUCUUCUAUUGAUCUUAAUGAUUCAUUAAAUUAUAGAGAUCUUUCUAAACCAAUUGGUGCAUUAAAUCAAGAAAGAUUAGAAAAAUUAAGAGAAAGAAUGUUAGAAAUGACACCUCCUUUAUUCCUUUAUGGAACACAUUAUUCAACACCUGCAUAUGUUGUUUUCUUUUUAGUUCGUUUAGUACCUGAAUUUAUGUUACAUCUUCAAAGUGGAGUAUUUGAUAAACCUGAUAGAAUAUUUAGUAGUAUUGAUGAAUGUUGGAAAGGUGUAUUAAGUCAUACAAGUGAUGUAAAAGAAUUAGUUCCUGAAUUUUAUUCAAAUAUUAAUUUUUUAAAUAAUAAAGAACAUGUUUAUUUUGGGUUUAGAACUACUCAAGAUCUUAUUGAUGAUGUUAAAUUACCUAAUUGGGCUUCUUCUCCUCAACAUUUCUCUCAAAUAAUGAAAGAUGCUCUUGAAAGUGAUUAUGUUUCUGAAAAUUUAAAUAAAUGGAUAGAUUUAAUUUUUGGUUAUCUCCAACGUCCACCUGCUGCAUUUGAUGCUGAUAAUGUUUUUUAUCCUGCAACUUAUGAAAAUGAUUUUACUGAUCCAACUACUAGUGGCUUUAAAGAUCAAAUUCGUGAAUUCGGUCAAACCCCUGCUCAACUCUUUCAAAUACCUUCUCCUGAAAGAAAUUCUUCUCUUCAAAUUAAUUACCCUCUUCCUCCUAUUCAAGCCAUUGAUCUUAAUGAUUCAUUUGAUUCGACUCCUUUAAGUAUUAUUGAUUUUAAAUGUUCUACUACUCCGAAAACUCGUCAAGUCAUAGAAAUCAAAGGAUUAGAUAAACCUCUUAUCCUCGAAUCAGUUAACAUUGACUUGGAUGAACCAAAACAAUUCUCUCAACCAUCUACUUCUACUAAAUAUCAACAAUCUGAACAACAUAAAACUACUUCAGGAUUUUUCUCUUUUAAAGGAUUCUUUAGUGGAAAGAAAUAA